AUGCCAACCCUCCGGUUACUUAGAGGAAAUAGUAUUUCCUUGGGAGACGCCCUAACUGACGAUGACAACAUCCUGCACCGCUUAGACUAUCCGCAAAAGCAGGAGGACUUUUGUGAAAUCGAAUCAGUGGUUUCAUUCCAUCUUGGCGUAAAACAUUGUCAAGUCGCCGACCAAGCUGAAUGGUUAUGUGGAAGUUACAACGUCUGCAUUCCAGUUUAUAUCAACCUACCAUCAGAAAAUUGCGUUCUUAUUCGAAUCCCACGGCCUUAUAAAGUUGGAGAAGAGAACAUUCCCGGGAAUGUCGAUGAAAAAUUACGCUGCGAAGUUGCCACGUACAUUUGGAUACGUGAAAAUUGUCCGGAUGUUCCAAUUCCCACCCUGUAUGGGUUUGCAUUUCCAAAUGGGCAGACUUUUUGUGACGGACGGUCAAAUGCUCUCCAAUACCUGGGCAGAGCACCUCCUGGUGACAAGACACGAAGGCAGACUCUUUUCGGUGAUAUUGCGAAGAUCAUGCUUUCACUUGAUCGGGUCAAAUUACCGCGAAUCGGAUCCUUGACUUUGGAUGACGAUGGCUUGAUUGAGUUGAAAAAUCGACCUCUAACAUUACGACUCCAAACGUUCGAAAAUGAAGAUAUCCCCACAAUACCAAGGAAUUCUACGUACCAUUCUGUGGAGCCUUAUAUUUUGGAUCUUUUGCAGCUCCACGACAACCGCAUUCAUCAUCAGCCAAAUGCAAUUCAUAAUCUGAAUGACGGCUAG